GCAGCCUUUUAUUUACCUAUAGACCUGCUUCUGUGUAAACUGAUGUUUCAAAGAACCCUUGGCCUUGAAGAUGGUGAGUAGCCAGCCAAAGUACGAUCUAAUACGGGAGGUUGGACGUGGUAGUUACGGUGUGGUGUAUGAAGCACUUGUCAGGAAGACCUCUGCACGGGUUGCAGUGAAAAAAAUUCGGUGCCAUGCUCCAGAGAAUGUGGAACUAGCGUUACGUGAGUUCUGGGCACUUAGUAGUAUCAAGAGCCAGCAUCCAAAUGUUAUCCAUCUGGAGGAGUGCAUCUUGCAGAAAGAUGGUAUGGUACAGAAGAUGUCACAUGGUUCUAGUUCUUCCCUCUAUUUACAGCUUGUAGAGACCUCAUUAAAAGGAGAAAUAGCCUUUGAUCCCAGAAGCGCCUAUUACCUUUGGUUUGUGAUGGAUUUCUGUGAUGGAGGAGAUAUGAAUGAAUACCUGCUGUCCCGAAAGCCCAGUCGCAAGACCAACACUAGUUUCAUGCUUCAACUCAGCAGUGCCCUGGCUUUCCUUCACAAAAAUCAGAUUAUUCAUCGUGAUCUCAAACCUGACAACAUUCUGAUCUCACAAAGCAGAGUGGAUGCUAGUGACUUGGAACCCACUCUGAAAGUAGCUGAUUUUGGGUUAAGUAAGGUAUGUUCAGCUUUGGGACAAAACCCUGAAGAGCCUGUCAAUGUAAAUAAAUGUUUCCUUUCAACAGCUUGUGGGACUGACUUCUACAUGGCACCUGAAGUCUGGGAAGGCCAUUACACUGCAAAAGCAGACAUUUUUGCAUUAGGGAUUAUAAUCUGGGCAAUGUUGGAAAGGAUCACCUUCAUAGACACUGAGACGAAGAAAGAACUUUUGGGGAGCUAUGUGAAACAAGGCACAGAGAUUGUGCCAGUUGGGGAGGCACUUCUAGAAAACCCCAAAAUGGAACUUCUCAUCCCUGUAAAGAAAAAAUCGAUGAAUGCCCAUAUGAAGCAGCUGAUUAAGGAGAUGCUGGCUGCCAACCCACAAGACCGUCCUGAUGCUUUUGAACUAGAACUCAGAUUAGUCAAAAUUGCCUUUAAAGACAGCAACUGGGACACGUGACCUCGAAUACUCCUAGACCUCUCAACAGAAUUGUUUCUAUCUUUUAACAAAGGAGCAGCUUUUGUGUCCACGGAAACAAACCUGAACUGAGAAUUUCGGACUUUAAUUUCUAACAGCUGGAUUUCUUUUGAUUUUUCAUAAAUUAAACUUGAGUUGGCCUUUUUAUUACAAA